AUGCUAGCCAUCAUUUGCUGUUUCUCGACAUUCCAAGCCCUUCAGAUAAAAAGUACCCCAGAUCAGGACAUUGGUUUCAAUGCGAUCGAUACUUGUUGGAGAAAACACGGGGAUUGGGCUACCAAUCGCCAAGCCUUAGCUGAUUGUGCCAAAGGAUAUGGAGCUGGUGCCCAAGGAGGUAAAAAUGGUGCCACAUAUGUUGUCACUGACCCUUCGGACGACCCCAUCAACCCCAAAAAGGGGACACUCAGAUAUGGGGCAAUCCAGAGGGAACCUCUUUGGAUCGUCUUUCAAGGGGACAUGAACCUAAAACUGAAAGACGUUGAAAUUUUUGUUAAUAGUUACAAGACUAUAGAUGGAAGAGGUGCUAGAGUUGAGAUUGGAAAUGGACCUUGCCUUAGAAUCAAUGAUGUGGAGCAUGUUAUUGUCCAUGGAAUCAACUUUCGUAAAUGUUUGCGUGGGAUACCUGGAUUGGUUCGGAUUGAUCCUGAUCAUCUUCUUAACACAAGUUCUAAUGGAGUACCUGACGGAGAUGGCAUUAGAAUACUUUCAUCUAGCCAUGUUUGGGUUGAUCAUUGUCACUUUUCUAAUUGUGCCGAUGGUCUUCUUGACAUAUCCCAUAAAUCAACUGCCGUGACUGUGUCCAACAACUAUUUCACUCAGCAUGACAAGGCAAUGCUGUUAGGGCAUUCGGAUAAGUUUCCCCAGGAUAACAAGAUGUAUGUCACCUUGGUAUUGAACCAUUUUGCUUCUGGACUAACCCAAAGAAUUCCUAGAGUCAGGUACGGAUAUGUUCAUGUAGCAAACAAUAAGUAUGAUGAAUGGGGAAUGUAUGCUAUCGGUGGCAGCUCGUGUCCAACAAUACUGAGCCAAGCCAACUAUUACAGAGCGAAAAAUGAUUCUGAUGCUAAACAGGUUACCAGGAGAAUUUCAAACGAUUCGGGGCGGAAAAAUUGGUCAUGGAAUUCCAAGGAUGAUGUAUUUCUUAACGGGGCAUAUUUUGUUUCAUCCGGGAAUGUUUGGACGCCUAAUUAUUCUGCAUCCCAAGCAUUUGAAUUGGCUCCAGGAGGAAGUGUACCUAUUUUGACUCUUCAUGCUGGUCCUCUCCAAUUAUAA